UGACGUUUCGGGGCGGAAAUCUAAAGGUGUGUAGGCCGUUGUUAGGUUUGUAUGUUUGAUGUUUACAAUGGUCACGUUUACGAUGGUCUGUUAAUAAUCGAGUCUGGACCAGACAAUCUAGAGACUGACAACACUAGCAUAGAUCCACGCAAAUGGGAUACGAUGACAUGCAUCAACCAAGUCAGCGAGCAUGUCCAUCCGAUCCAGCUGGUCUCUUUUUCCGUUGUACAGUAGUAAUUGAAGACGUUUUAUUCUGAUAAACUCAAAUGGAGUAUGCCGUGUGUCACACACUAUGGAUACAUACUGUCAUCCGCUUGACCUAGUUAAGACGGGGACUCCCACAGUUCCAUCAAAUGAAGUUUUAAAAGGUUAUAAGCGGUGUGGUUGUGAUCGCCCAUGAUGAAGUCGGUCCCGCCAAUGUUGUUGCAGGCCCUCAAUGUAGGGGCUCUCCUCGCCUUCAUACUCACCGCCGCCUUCAACGGACUGGCGUCAGAUACUAGCAUAGGCGUCUUCCUAAAUUCCACAGGGGACAUCUCGGACGUAUUCUACAUCGAGAUCACUCCCGCCGGCUGGACCUUCAGCAUAUGGGGCCUCAUCUAUGCCUGGCAGGCUGUCUGGAUUGUCUACUCAUUGGUCCGCAUCUGCAGGAAGAGUCCAGAAGGACCUCUCUACCUCAACCCCGUUCUUCUGCCCCCCGCCUUCUUCGGAAUGUACAUCCUGAACAUGUUCCUCAACAUCAGCUGGCUCCUGCUGUUUGACCGCCAACUCAUCGAGCUGGCUUUCAGCUUCCUGUUCGCCAUUGCCUUCACCCUGUACAUCUGCCUGUGGAUCUCCUACACCUCCCUGGAUAACAACAUGGAGGUCCUGGCUAAACUCAAUCUUAAGAUUGAGGACACUUUAGUGCGUGCAUUCGUCCACAACGGGCUUGGAAUCUAUGCGGCUUGGACCACCAUUGCUUCCUUCCUCAACAUGGGCUUUGUGAUUGCCUACAGAGCUAACCCCGCCAUCGACCAGAGCACCGCGUCCUCCAUCUCCCUCGGCUUCAUCACCGCCGCCUUGUUCCUCUUCGUCAUCACCGACCUCUUCCUAUUCGACAGAUACAGUCGGUAUACCAUCACGCCUUAUGGCGUCAUCGUGUGGGCUCUCUCAGGCAGCCUGGCCAAGAACUUUGACGCUGCUCGCGGGAACUCUAUCUUCACCAUUGUACUCAUAGUGAUAGGCGUGUUAGCUCUCAUUGCCAAGAUAGUCUUCGUCAUCAUCAGAAGCAAGUCCAAACCUGUGUUUACCUCAUCCACGAACAUUACCAUGCCGGAGAAGCAGGACACUGUCGGCAUGGCCUGACGUCAUCAACACGUUUCAUAAACUGGUGAAACCCGUGAAGAUCAGUAUCAGUAUUGGUGUUCAGCAACCCAUGCUUGUCCUAAGGGUCGACUAUCGGGAUUGGGUGGUCAGGCUGUCUUACUUGGAGGAUGCAUGCCACGUAUCCAGUAGAUCGAUGGUCAUGAAUGUAAUCACUGGAUUGUCUGUUCCAGACUCGAUUAUUAACAGACCGCCGUCACAUAACUGGACUAUUGUUGAGUGCAGCGUUAAACAAGAAAACACUCAUAAGCUGGAGACGAUGUAUUUAAACAUUUUUAUGCUGGCGAAUUGCCAAAGUCGCAUUUAUAUCAUAUUCCCAGUGUUGUGAACACAUUGUUCACAAGAUCGGAUUCGUUUCGCAUUUGUCCCUAUUAACGAGUAACGUGUCAAAUACAAAUCUCAACAACACGAGUUAUCGCCCUUCUUUGAAGCAUGUUCUGUUAUCAGAACAAGCCUGACAACACAAUAACAUAUACAUGGUACAUAUUUAGAUGUGCGUAAUAUGCAAUGCAGUCAAUGAUUUGAAGUGUGACUAUCUCCCAGGUGUUCAACUCAUGAUCAAGAAUUGAUUUUCUUGUUUGAUUUAUUUCUCGACAUUUUUACAUAUUGUAUUGUAUUUUGUAAUAGAAGCGUGUUAUUAUUUAUAUUUAACUUUGAAAAGCAAUGAUGCUCUAAUCUGUAUAUAUAAAUAUAACUUAUUUGAUUAAAAUCUUAACUCAUAA